UUGACAGGUCAAAAUCUUGUUUCAUCCACUCGUCGAUUGCAUUGUAAUUUUGUUAUUUCUAGUGUUGUGAUAGUAAAUAAAAUGGAAGAAAUUGGAAUUAUAUUACCAGAAAAAGAUGACCAAGUUACCGAUACAAAGGGGCUCGCUUUUGCUGGACCGCAAUCGUUUGAAGAACUGGAAUCUGAAGAUUUAUACACUAAAUAUAAGAAACUACAGCGUAUGUUAGAAUUUCUGGAAGUUCAAGAAGAAUACAUUAAAGAUGAACAAAGAAAUCUUAAGAAGGAAUAUCUUCAUGCUCAGGAAGAAGUGAAAAGAAUACAGUCUGUACCAUUGGUUAUUGGUCAAUUUCUUGAAGCUGUUGAUCAAAACACUGGAAUAGUUGGCAGCACCACAGGAUCAAACUACUAUGUGCGCAUUUUAUCCACGAUUGACAGAGAGCUGUUGAAGCCUUCAGCGUCUGUUGCUUUACACAAGCAUUCAAAUGCACUGGUAGAUGUGCUGCCUCCGGAAGCAGAUAGCUCUAUUUCUAUGUUGCAAGCAGACGAAAAACCUGAUGUCCAGUACUCUGAUAUUGGUGGUAUGGACACGCAGAAGCAAGAAAUACGAGAGGCAGUUGAACUGCCGCUCACUCAUGUGGAGUUGUACCGACAGAUUGGUAUCGAGCCUCCAAGGGGUGUGCUGAUGUACGGACCUCCAGGGUGCGGCAAAACUAUGCUGGCCAAGGCUGUUGCACAUCAUACCACAGCUGCAUUCAUCCGCGUCGUGGGCUCGGAGUUCGUACAGAAGUACCUCGGCGAAGGGCCACGUAUGGUGCGCGACGUGUUCCGUCUAGCCAAGGAGAACAGCCCCGCUAUCAUAUUUAUUGAUGAAAUCGACGCUAUCGCUACUAAGAGAUUUGAUGCUCAAACUGGUGCAGAUAGGGAGGUACAAAGAAUCUUGCUGGAGCUUCUAAAUCAAAUGGAUGGUUUCGACCAGACAACUAAUGUUAAAGUAAUUAUGGCUACAAAUCGUGCCGACACACUGGAUCCCGCUCUGCUGAGGCCUGGACGUCUUGACAGAAAAAUUGAAUUCCCACUGCCAGACAGACGUCAAAAACGUCUAAUCUUCUCCACAAUCACGGCGAAGAUGAAUCUCUCUGAAGAGGUCGAUUUGGAAGAGUUUGUAGCGCGGCCCGACCGCGUGUCUGGCGCGGACAUCAACGCGAUCUGCCAGGAGGCCGGCAUGCACGCGGUUAGGGAGAACCGAUACAUUGUCCUGCCCAAAGAUUUCGAGAAAGGCUACAAGAACAACAUCAAAAAGGACGAGAGUGAAUAUGAGUUCUACAAAUAGAUUUUAGUUGUAUCCAUCUUUGUAAUUGUAUUGAAGUAAUUGAAGUAAUAAAUGAUUAAUAUCAA